GGCUCCGGCUCCUGCUCGAACUCGGGACCCGGGACUCGGUGGCGGCCAGUCCCUCCCCGCUGCGGCUCCGCUCGCGGUCCGCUCCCGGUCCGCUCCGCCCCGCGAGGCUCCCGGAUCCCGGGGAGGACGAUGCCCCGGGCCCUGGCGCUGCUCCUGGCUCUGACCUUGCAGCUCUGCGCCUCGGACCUCGACAGCCCCCCAGCUGGAUGCACCUUCGAGGAGGACGAGAGCGAGGUGCUGACAUGCGGGUACAGCCAGGCUGAUGACGAUGACUUCCAGUGGGAGCUCGUGAGCAGCUCCUUCACCCCCCGACCCUCCCCAGACCUGCUCCCUGGCUCCUACCUGAUGGUCAACGCGUCCCGCCACACAGCCGGCCAGAGGGCCCGGGUGCUGCUGCGGCCCCUGAGCGAGAAUGACACCCACUGCCUCCGGUUCAGCUACCUCCUGUCCGGCCCGGGCGGCCACAGCCCCGGCUCCCUCCGCGCCUUCGUGCGGGUCAACGGCGGCCCCCUGGGCGGCGCCGUCUGGGAGCUGUCCGGCUCUCAUGGCCACCAGUGGCACCAGGCCGAGCUGGCGGUCAGCACCUUCUGGCCCAGCCAGUACCAGGUGCUGUUCGAGGCCGAGGUGGCUGGUGGCCCCGGUGGCUUCCUGGGCCUGGAUGACAUUCUGUUGCUCAAGUACCCCUGCUUGGAGGCCCCACACUUCUCCCGGCUGGCGGACGAGGAGGUGAAUGCCGGGCAGAACGCCUCCUUUCAGUGCACGGCGGUGACGGCGGCCGCCGGGCCCGGGACCUUCCUCCUGCAGCGCCAGAGCGGCCCUGCGGAGCCCCUGACCACGGUCCAGUCGGUCAGCGCCCGGCGCCUCCUGGCCACGUUCCGGCUGGACGGUGUGGGGCGCGCCCAGCGGGGGUCCUAUCGCUGCCUCUCCCAGGCCCCAAGCGGGGCCGGGGUCUCCAACUUCGCCCAGCUGCUGGUCAGGGAGCCUCCGACGCCCGCGGCGCCCCCGCAGCUGCUGCGGGCGGGCCCCACCUACCUGCUGCUGCGGCUGAACGCGCAGCCCUUCUCCGGGGACGGGCCGGUGGUGCGGCGCGCCGUGGAGUACCGGCCGGCGCGGGGGGCCUGGGCCGAGCUGCACCCCGUCAGCGCCCCCACCUACCGGCUGUGGCACCUGGACCCCGACACCCGGUACCACGUCAACGUCCUGCUGACCCGGCCCGGCGAGGGGGGCACCGGCCGGCCCGGCCCCACCCUCGUCAGCAGGACCAAGUGCGCAGAGCCCAUGCGAGCCCCCAGGGGCCUGGCCGUCAUGGAGAGUCAGCCACGGCAGCUGCACCUGCAAUGGGAGCCACUGGGCUACAACGUGACUCGCUGCCAUGCCUACACCGUGGCCCUGUGUUACCGCUACACCCUGGGAGGUGGCCACAACGAGACCUUCCAGGACUGCGCGCAGGUGGAGCCGGGCACCAGCCAAUUCACCAUCCGGGACCUUCCGCCCCACCGGCACGUCCACGUCCGGCUGACUCUCUCCAACCCCGAGGGCCGCAAGGAAGGCCGAGAGUCGGUUUUCCAGACGGAUGAGGAUGUCCCCGGUGGAAUCAUGCCCGAGUCACUGACAUUUGCCCCUCUGGAGGAUGCGGUCAUCCUGAGGUGGGCACCGCCCGUGGAGCCCAAUGGCAUCAUCACAGAAUACGAGAUCAGCUCCCAGAGCAUCGAGUCCUCGGACCCGACGCUGCAGGUGCCGGGCCAGCGCAGCACCGUCUCCAAGCUCCACAAUGAGACCUUCCACGUGUUUGUCAGCCUCCUGCCCGGCACAACUUACCUGGUCUCUGUGCGUGCCCGCACCGCCAGGGGCUUCGGCCGAGCGGCGCUGGCCGAGAUCACCACCAACAUUUCCGUGCCCAGCUUUGACUACGCGGACAUGCCGCCGCCGCUGGCCGAGACCGAGGACACCAUCACUGUGCUGCUGCGGCCAGCGCGGGGCCAUGGCGCCCCCAUCAGCCUGUACCAGGUGGUGGUGGAGGAGGAGAGGCCACGGAAGCCCCGGAACAAGCCAGAUCAGACACGCUGUUUUCCGGCGGCUCUGCCCUUCUCCACGGCCCUGGCCCGAGGCCUGGGAUUCUACACUGGGGCUGAGCUGCCGGCCGGUGGCCUUCAGGUGGCUAUGCCCUUUACUGUGGGGGACAACGGCACCUAUGGAGGCUACUGGAACCCUCCGCUGGAGCCCCGGAAGGCAUACCUCAUCCACUUCCAGGCCACCAGCCACCUGCGGGGGGACACUCGGCUCAACUGUGUCCGUAUUGCCCGCAAAGCGGCCUGCAAGGACAGCAAGCAGCCCUUGGAGGUGGCCCAGGGCUCGGAGGAGGUGGGGCUGGUCCUGGGCAUCUGUGUCGGGGCCCUGGUAGGGCUGAUUCUGCUCCUGGGGGUCAUCGUCUUUGCUGUGCGCAAAGGCAGGAAGCCCUUCUGCCUGGCCAUGGCAGUCAGCUGUGGCCGCCACGAGAAGGCCUGCAUGAUCAGCGCAGCAGACCGCAGCUUCAUGGACCAGAGCACCCUACAGGAUGAGGAGCGCCCAGGCCUCUCCUACAUGGACACCCUCAACACUGGCAGCAGGGGUGACCUACGCAGCAGCCUGGUCAACGAGGCCAGCGGCCUCCUGGGAGGGUCUCUACGCCGCUCGUGUGGCCGCCAGGUCUCACCUUACCCCACAGGGCAGCUGCACCCUGCCAUCCGCGUGGCUGACCUACUGCAGCACAUCAGGCAGAUGAAGACAGCGGAGGGCUACGGCUUCAAGCAGGAGUAUGAGAGCUUCUUUGAAGGCUGGGACAUCGCCAAGAAGAGAGAGAAGGCCAAGGGGAGGCAGGAGCAGCUACUGGCUCACGAGCGGCAUCGAGUGAAAUUGCACCCGCUUCUCGGAGACCCCAACUCGGAUUACAUCAAUGCCAACUAUGUUGAUGGCUACCACAGGUCAAACCACUUCAUUGCUACCCAAGGGCCGAAACAGGAAAUGGUCUAUGACUUCUGGCGGAUGGUGUGGCAAGAGCACUGUUCCAGCAUCGUCAUGAUCACCAAGCUGGUGGAGGUGGGGCGGGUGAAAUGCUGGCGCUACUGGCCGGACGUGGCCGAAGUGUACGGGGACAUCAAGCUCGCGCUGGUGGACACAGAGACGCUGGCCGAGUGUGUGGUUCGCACCUUCACCCUGGAACGGAGGGGCUACUCGGCCCGGCACGAGAUCCGGCAGUUCCACUUCACCUCUUGGCCAGACCACGGGGUCCCGUACCACGCCACAGGGCUUCUGGCCUUCAUUCGGCGAGUCAAGGCGUCCACCCCCCCGGAUGCUGGGCCCGUCGUGGUCCACUGCAGUGCGGGCACCGGCCGGACCGGCUGCUACAUCGUCCUGGACGUGAUGCUGGACAUGGCAGAGUGCGAGGGAGUGGUGGACAUCUACAACUGCGUGCGGACCCUCGGCUCCCGGCGCUGCAGCAUGAUCCAGACUGAGGAACAAUACGUCUUUGUCCACGACGCCAUCCUGGAAGCCUGCCUGUGCGGGGAGACAGCCAUCGCAGCGGCAGAUUUCCAGUCCGCAUACAGGGAGCUGGUCCGUCUGGACUCCCAGGCCAAUACGUCCCAGCUGCGGGAGGAGUUCCAGACCCUGAACUCGGUGACCCCCGCGUUGGCCCGGGAGGAGUGCAGUGUCGCCCUGCUGCCCCGCAAUCAGCCGAAGAACCGUGGCCAGGAUGUGCUGCCCCCUGACCGCUGCCUGCCCUUUCUCGUGGCCUUGGACGGGGACACCAGCAACUACAUCAAUGCAUCCUUGGUUGACAGCUAUACUAGAAGCGCCACCUUCAUCAUCACCCCCCACCCACUACCUGGCACCACCACCGACUUCUGGAGGCUUGUGUUCGAUUACGGCUCCACAACCAUCGUCAUGCUCAACCAGCUCAACCCGCCCAGCGCUGCCGGGCCCUGCCUGCAGUACUGGCCAGACCGGGGGCUCCAGCAGUUUGGCCCAAUGGAGGUGGAGUUCCUGGCUGGGUCAGCGGAUGAAAACCUGGUCACCCGCCUCUUCCGUGUCCGGAAUUGCACCCGGCUGCAGGAGGGGCACCUGACGGUCCGGCACUACCAGUUUCUGAGCUGGCCUGCCUUCCGCGAGACCCCUGAGUCUGCGGCCUCCUUCCUGCGCCUCCUAACUGCCGUGGAGAAGUGGCGAGCAGACACCGGGGAAGGCCGGACAGUGGUCCACUGUCUGACCGGCGGUGGGCGCAGCGGGACCUUCUGUGCAUGCGCCAUGGUUCUGGAGAUGAUUCGCUGCCACAGCCUGGUGGACGUCUUCUUUGCUGCCAAGAUGCUGCGCAACUACAAGCCAAAUCUGGUGGAGACACUGGAACAGUAUCAUUUCUGCUACGACUUCGCCCGGGAGUUCCUGCUGGUCCCGGAAAGCAGAUAGCACCCCCUCACCGCUACGCCUAGCCUGGGUCCGCCCGGCUCCACCCAGCACACGGCCAGACUGAGCCCCUGCCCUGGCCGCGACUCAAGUUUCCAUUUUCACGUGGCUGCAGGCACACGUAUUUCAUCAUUCAGGAGGUGACAGGAGAGCUGAUGGAGGGAGGGUUGGUGGGGAGGCUUUGAUCCAGUGGAAUGCGCCGAGUCACAGAGACUGGGCGGCGGGGGUGAGAGGGGGACUGCCACCCUCCCAGAGCACCAGUUCUGGCUCCAGGGUUCCCCUGCCACCCGUCUGCCUGCUCAGCCCCAACCUGCUCCCUAGACAAGAGACCCACCCUCCUGCCCUCCCAUCCCUACCCCACAGAGUCUCAGACUCCUCCUACCCUCCACUGUCCAUCCAUCCCUCUCUCCCUCCACGUCCAACAGCGUGGCUGGUUGGACCAUAUGGUCGUGCCCCUGGGUCUGGGACCUCGGCAGUUAGACAAGAGCCAGUGGGUCCUAGGGUUUGAGGCAGCGGAUGUGAGGGCGAUGGGGUGGGGAAGGGCCCGAGGACCAGUCUGACCUGGGGAUAGGGGCGCUAGCCCCCUAAAUUGUCCCUAAUACAGCCAGCCCAGCUGGAAAUGCCUGUUUAAUCCAGUCUCCCUCUUCACCCAGUGCCUUUGGGUGAGUAGCAAUGCACAAGGCAGCACUGUGGGCCAGGGAGAGGCCCACACCCUAGGGGAGGGGAUUUUACCCCAAAAAGUAGUGUUACCUAGCAAGGCAACAUGGCCUAAUGGAAGAGCAAGGGCUUGGGAGUCAGAGGACUUGGGUUUUAAUCUCAGC